UUCAACAAUUCGCGCUGGGUACCUGCGCUACUGCUCCAGUUGGUCAACAACACGGAAGGGUUCCGUUGAAUUAACUACCGAAAGGUGUCGGCUGAGCAGGAAAAUAAGUUGAAAUGCCUCCAAAGAGCGACGACGGCGGUUGGAAGAAGUUUCUGUGGGAUUCGGAGAAAGGAGAGCUGCUCGGUCGAACCGGGGGCAGUUGGUUCAAGAUCACGCUCUUCUACAUCGUCUUCUAUGGCUGCUUGGCUGGCAUCUUCAUUGGCACUAUCCAGGCCAUGUUACUCACACUGAGCAACUACAAGCCCACAUGGCAAGACCGGGUCGCACCUCCAGGUCUCUCGCACACUCCGCGAUCUGACAAAUCCGAAGUUACCUUUAACCCCGGAAAGUUGGAAACCUACCUCUCUUACACCACGGCCCUGAAGAACUUCCUGGCUAAGUAUGACGACGAAAACCAGAGCGACCAGAUGAAGUUUGAAGACUGCGGCACUGAGCCGGCAGCGUUCAAGAACCGAGGCGACUUGGAGAGCGACACAGGUGUAAGAAGGGCGUGCCGCUUCUCAAAGGACCUCCUCGGGGAAUGCUCCGGCAAGGACGAAUACUUUGGCUUCAAGGAGGGCAAACCUUGCCUGAUUGUGAAGCUCAAUCGGAUCGUUAACUUCUAUCCAAGGCCUCCUACCUCAAAUGGAACCAUCCCUGACGAAGCGCAACCCAAAGUGCAGCCCAAUUUGAUCCCCAUCUACUGUACCCAUAAGAGAGAGGAAGAUGCUGGUAAAAUCGGCGAGAUUAAGUACUACGGCAUCGGAGGCGGCUUCCCGCUGCAGUACUAUCCCUACUACGGCAAACUGCUGCACCCGCACUACCUGCAGCCGCUAGUGGCUCUGCAGUUCGUCAACCUCACUAAGAACGCUGAGCUGCGUAUUGAGUGCAAGGUUUUCGGUGACAACAUCUCAUACAGUGACAAGGACCGCUACCAGGGGCGCUUUGAAGUCAAGAUCCAGGUCAACAGUUAAUGACCGCCACCGGGACCAUAGAGCACUUUCCCGUUGCCGCAUUUGCAGCCCUCUUGAUCCACUUUCCCCCGCGUCCUUCAAUCCUGACAUAAAAUAGACAAGUAGGUGGUGCUAAGUUGAUCAGGUAGUCACUUGGCUCCUAGCUAAUCUUAGCACAUAAUUGUAGUGGGAAAUGUAACCAUUAGGCUUCCCCAGCAUAUUUAUUCUCCUGUAAGCGACAUUUGGGCCCUUGUCCGUUCAUGACUAUACAAGUGGACUUCCAUCAGUAGCUCCCACACUGACCAUUAACUUCCCUUCUUGUCAAUAUCACUGCUUAGAUACCUCGCUUUUCCUUCAUUUUUCCCAGCGUGUCGACCACGCCCACUUAAUAAUUGGCUCGGUACACGCUCUAAUGAAAAAGGCUGCACUCCAAGGAACUUCUUUCCUUUCUCCUGUUUCUUUUAUGUCUGAUCAUAGGGGUCUUGUUUUAUUGUGCCUUCUUUUUUGUGCUUAAAUCACUACAAAUGUAAAAGGAUUUUAUCAAAUGUCUUUUUAUUGAUUUUUUUAGUUUUAUUUUCCAGCCCGUUAGAUAUUUGGUCCCUCCUGCGGGACUCACGGUGCUGACUCAGCUAUACUUUUGUCUUCUCUGGACUCCACCACAAUUUUGUUGUGUGUGAAUGUUUUAAGCCAUCAAACAUGGUGGACGAAUUGUAUAUUUAUACAGUUGUACAUUUUGUUUCUGUGCGAAAAUAUUGUUAAUGUAUACAUGCAAUACCAAAGUGGCAAUCUGUAAAGGGUUAAAAUGUUGCCUCGCAACCUUUCAGUGGCUCACUCUUGAAAUGUGGGGGGUGUUUUGAGCCAUGAAUGUAGUUGAAACGAGGGCGCUUGAAUACCGCAAUGUUCAUGCAUUUCAACAAAAAAUACCUUGGAAGACUUUUGAGUCUUUUUGGUGAUGAAGGAUCUUUUCUGAAACACUUGAACUUGUUCAACCAUCAUUUCCUGCACUCUUUGCCAUUUAAUCUAUGAUAGAAACAAAUAAAAUCAUAAUGUAUA